AGCAAGCCAGGCUCCAAGGUGACUGACUCAGACCGCUCAUCGCAAUAGCAACCCAUCCCCGAGUUAAGUCCCACCCGGCUGAGCUGGUCCCACUAUAUUAGCCACACCCAGCCGGUGGUAUAACAUUCCCGGCUGCCGCCCAACAACCCAUGCACUGUGUAUAGUUGUACCGCAUGCACAGGGCGCGCAGUACGUAACCCUCGCACGGUGUACACGUACGUAUAGCCAAGUGCAAGUUCACGGGGAGAAUUAUUAAGGAUUCCCCGAAACCGUCACAGUUUAAUAUGAGCGACGACGACGACUCGGCCGGGCCCAGGGUAGCGGCCUACCGGCCCAAGCGCAGCACGGACUCGCGCUGGGUCGAAAUCCAGAAGAACACUUUCACCAACUGGGUGAACGAGUCGCUGAGGCCUCGCGGGGAGGCAGUGGGAGAACUGGGGGAGGACCUUCGCGACGGGACCCGGCUGGCCACCCUGCUAGAGGCGCUGUCCGACCGCAAGAUUCCCAGAGUCAACCGCAACCCCGUCAACAACCUACAGAAGAUGGACAACGUGUCCCGGUGUUUGGACCUCAUGAAGAAAGAAGGCAUCAAGACAGUCAAUAUCGGAAACGAAGAUGUGAUGGAGGGAAACGAGAAACUGAUGCUGGGUUUGGUCUGGACACUGAUCCAGCACUACCAGAUCAGCCGGGGCAGCGGCGGGCAGAAGGGGUCCAAGUACUCCCCCAAGAAGCACAUGCUUCUCUGGCUGCAGACCGUUCUCCCAGAAUGCCGCGUCACCAACCUGUCCACAGACUGGAAUGAUGGGAUAGCUCUAAGUGCCCUUGUUGACUACUGCCGGCCUGGCCUGGUGCCUCACUGGAGGAGUCUGAACCGCCAGGAUGCCUUACAGAACUGCCGCAACGCCAUGGACAUCGCUGAGAGGGAGUUCAACAUUCCGCAGGUUGUGAGCCCAGAGGACUUCUCAGACCCGUCCCUAGAUGAGCUGUCUGGCAUGACAUACCUGUCCUACUAUGUGAAGGAGGAUGGACCAGGCUAUGACGCUGCACUCGAGGCCCUCAACAGCCUGGUUCCUGAGGCUAAGGUCAUCAACUUUCAGGGCGAUCUUGCAGAUGGGCGUGUGCUGUGCGGGAUGGUGCACCAGUUGGGCGGAGCCUGUCCCAGCUACCACACCCUCAGCCCACAGGAGGCCAGGGACAACAUCACUCAAGCGCUGAACUGGGGACAGAGCCUUGGCAUCACACCAACGUUCACUGCUGAAGACCUCACCAGCGGCCAGGUUCCAUCGCUCGCCGUCAUGUCGUACAUUGCUCAAGUCCAGGCCAAGGCGGACCCCGAGGGUAGACUGAUCCACCGCCGGCGUAGCUCGGGCUUUCACGACGAAAACACAGAAGUUUUCCUUCAACAAGAGCUUCAAUCCUCGACUGCAGCAGAAGUACAACGUUCAGCACACCACGAGCCUACCGUUGCCUUCACACCCAGUCACACCGAUGAGCCGGACCGUGGCAGACCGGAUUUCACCUUCCCACCACCCCCGUCAUCCCCACCGCCUGAAGUUACAGAGUCAGCAACAUUCUUCGUUCCCCCCUCCCCACCUAUGUCUGAGGAUGACCAAACAGAAACACAGGAGCCUCCUCCAUCCGCAAGGUAUACAGAAAUAUCAUCCCCAGUCUACCACCCUCCAUCACCAACCACCUAUGUGUAUGCGCCCCCAUCGCCAAGGGAAGAGCCAACGCCCAUAGCAACCCACCGGCCUCCACCAAUGAGCUGCCAGCAGGAAGUUGCCAUGGAGAUGGUGGAUGAGCCCCUGAUCGUGCCGGAGUACGUGGCACCAGUGUUCGCCCCCCCUCCCCGGUCGGGUGGCUAUGGAGGGCUGGACCUGUCCAGGGUCAGCGUCGCCGGCAACGGGGUCAACCAGGCACCGGUGGGGAAACCAGCCGACAUCAGGAUCACUCCCACCGGCGCAGUGGGGGGAAACUUUGUGGUGGAAGCAGAGAGCCCGGGUGGCCGGAACCAUCCGGUCAGCCUCCAGAAGGAGAGAACAGGAUACUUAACUGGACACUUCACUCCUGAAGAGAUCGGCCAGUACCAGGUGAGUGUGAAGUGCGACGGACGUGACGUGCCCAGCAGUCCGUUCAACUGUAACGUGUACGAUCCGGACAGGGUGCGUGUCAUGGGCAUGAACCGGGCGCUGUUGGGUAGCCUUGCUGCUUUUGGGGUCGAGACCGGCACAGCUGGCGAGGGUGACAUCGAUGUGACUGUUCGCGGCCCCAAUGGUAGGAAAUGCCCAAACAAGAUCCGCCCGGAAGGCGCCGGGAACUACCGCGUCACCUACUCACCCAACGAAACCGGAUGGCACGAGGUCGAGAUCGAGUUCAAUGGAGACGACAUCCCCGGUUCCCCGUUCCGUCAGGAGGUAGUUGACUCGUGGAACGUGACAGCGGAGGGGGAGGGGCUGGGUCCCAAGGUCACGGGCAGCCAGAUGCACGAGUUCUCUGUCCUCGGAACUGCAGGGGGAGAACUCAUGGUCAACAUACAAUUUGACGCCUCCCGUGCGGGGAACGGCCGUAUCGAUGUGACUGUGAUGGACGGACGCACCUCCCUUCCUGUAAACCUCUCUCCUUCUGGAGGUAACCGCUACGCCGCGUCCUUCGUACCACAGACUGCCAACCCCCACGAUGUCACUGUCACUUUUGAGGGACAGAAUGUGCCACGGAGCCCCUUCCGUGUGAACAUCAUUGACGCCAGCCGUGUCCGUGCCUCGGGAGAUGGGCUUGACCGUGUUCCGAUCGGCACCGGGACCGAGUUCUUUGUGGACAGUCAGGGCGGAGGGGACGCUGAUGUUGCUGUUAAAGUUACUGGUCCGACCGGUCGUGAUGUUCCAGCUCGUGUAAGCGGUGGAAAUGGACACUGGACAGUUCAGUACACACCUACUGAAGUCUGUGAUCACAACAUCAUGGUGACGUUUGCUGGGAUGCAGAUCUAUGGCAGCCCUUUCCUCAGCCACUGUUACGACAUCAACCAGGUCCAGGUCGGCGACAUUCCCAACGGCAAGAUGGGUCAGCCCGUACAGGUGGAAAUUGACACGAGCCGCGCAGGACACGGUGACCUUGCCGCUAACGUCAGCGUGAACUACCAGAACGUGCCCUGCGACCUUCGCUCCCGGGGUGCUGACUCCUACCUCCUGACCUUUGUACCCCAGAUGACCGUGACCCAUGACCUCGUGUUCAAGUUCAACGGAUCCAUCAUCCCAGGAUGCCCUUACCGGUGCAAGAUUGUGGACGCCAGCCAGGUGACCGCCCACGGAGAUGGACUGGACCGCAUUCCCGUCGACCGCCCGACAAGCUUCUUCAUCGACACGAGCCGAGCGGGAGACGCCGACAUCGAUGUUCGAAUCGCUGGUACAGAGGCUAAGAAUGUGCCUGUAAAGCUGACAGGAGGUUCUGGCAACCAUGUGGCUGAGUACACACCAACACAAGUGGGUGAACAUCAGAUCACAGUGACGUAUGCCGGAAGGCAGAUUCCCGGCAGUCCAUUUUCCUCCUAUGCCUACGAUGUGAACCAGAUCCGUGUGGGAAACAUUCCCCGUGGAAGGGUGGGACAUCCUGUGGAAAUAUUUGUUGAUGCCACCAAGGCUGGUUCAGGUGUUCUUGAGGCAACGGUUAACUGUCCAACCGACCCAGUCAACAGUCAGAUGGACAGCAUUGGACAGGACCGGUUCAAACUGGUCUUUGUUCCCCGCUGCAACCACCCUCAUGACAUUGCCUUCAAGUUCAAUGGCAAUGUUGUACCUGGGAGCCCCUACAAGUGCUACAUCUCUGACGCCAGCCAGGCGCAGGCCAGGGGUGACGGACUGGACCGUGUGCCCAUCAAAACUCCCUCCAGCUUCGUCAUUGACACCAGUAGGGCUGGGAACGGAGAUGUCGUCACCAUCAUUACAAGUGACCACCAGAUUGACAUCCACUUUGACCAGCAGCCCAUCCCAGGCAGCCCCUUCCACUGCCACGUGUACGAUGUCAGUGCCGUCCGUAUCCGGGACAUUCCACAGGGCAGGGUGGGCAAAACUGUGCAGGUGGAAGUUGACACCAGUCUUGCCGGACGGGGCAGCCUACAGGGAGACGUGAGUGUCCUGAGAAACCCUGUGGCCAGCAAACUGUCCAGUCUGGACUCGGAUCGCUACCUAAUGACCUUCGUCCCUCAGUCUGUCGACCCUCACAACAUCGUGUUCAAGUUUAACGGGUCGGUGGUGCCGGGGAGUCCCUUCCCAUGCUACAUACUGGACGCUGGCCUGGUGAGGGUGACCGGUGAUGGUCUGGACAGGGUGCCAGUUAACUCCCAGACACAGGUGUUUCUGGACGCCACCAGGGCAGGGGAUGCAGAGGUGGACGUCAGCGUCACAAGUCCGUCUGGCCGUGCUAUACCCACCAGAGUGUCAGGCAAGGGGAACUACACUGUGGACUACACCCCUACAGAAGUUGGUGGGAUGUCUUGGAAAUACACGUUAUCUAAAGGCAAGGACAAGCCAGGUCCGCACAAGAUCGAUGCGAAGUUCGGAGGGAUGGAGGUGAACGGGAGUCCGUUCACGAGCUACGCCUACGAUGUCAGUAAAGUGCGGGUUGGUCACGUUCCGAACGGCAUUGUUGGAAGGCCAUUGGACAUUGACGUUGAUACUUCUCAGGCGGGGCCAGGUGAACUGGCAGCCGCUGUGACUCAGAACUACCAGCCGAUCCCCUGCACACUCAAACACAAGGGCGGCGACGUCUACACCAUCACCUUCAUCCCACAGAACACUCAAGUGCACGACCUGCUCUUCAAGUUCAACGGGACCAUUGUGCCAGGAAGCCCGUUCCAUGUGUACAUUAUUGAUGCUGGGUUGGUAACAGUGAGUGGUGAAGGUCUGGACCGAGUGCCGGUGGGACGGCCGACAGACUUUCUCGUGGACACGACCCGGGCUGGGGAGUCAGGGCUGGAUGUCUCCAUCACAGGACCUGGUGGUCGCCGUGUGCCCUGCCGUCCAUCCGGCCAUGGAAACUACACCAUAGAGUACACACCUGCUGAUGUCGGUCCACACAACAUUGAUGUGUUCUUUGCUGGUAUGGAGGUGCCGGGGUCACCCUUUACCUCCUAUGCUUACGAUGCUAGUCAGAUCCGGGUGGGACAUGUGUCUGAUGGUAUCAUUGGCAGACCAGUCAGCAUUGAAGUGGACACUUCUCAGGCUGGGUUCGGUGACCUGAUGGCCAAUGUCAGCACCAACUACCAGACUGUACCAAGUACACUGGAGGGGAGGUCCAGUGACGUCUGGGUCCUAACCUUCGUCCCUCAGACUAUACAGACCCACGAUGUGGUCUUCAAGUUCAACAACGACAUUGUGCCAGGGAGUCCCUUCCCGGUAAAGAUGAUCGAUGCCAGUAGCGUGCACGCCUCGGGCGACGGUCUGGAUCGCGUUCCGGUCAACCGACCCACUCACUUCAAGAUCGACACUUCUCGCGCCGGAGAUGCAGAUAUCGUUGCCCAAAUCACGAGUCCCGGCGGACGCAAGAUUCCCUGCAGCGUGUACGGAAGCAGCGGGAAUUUCACCGCGGAGUACACACCUCUCGAAGCAGGUGACCAUACCAUCAGCGUCACCUUUGCAGGCAGGACCAUAUCCGGCAGUCCCUUCACCUGUAAUGUGUACGAUGUCAGUAAGGUCAGGGUCCUCGACAUUCCCAAAGGAAUUCCUGAAAAACCUGUUUACAUAGAUGUUGACACGUCAAAAGCUGGUGCGGGCGAAUUGGCUGCUAUUGUCACUCAUGGCAAGUUCAACAUUGUUCCGAGCACCCUGAGGGGCAAGGGGGACAGAAGCAAGUACACGCUGACCUUCAUUCCCAAGGUCACAGAGACUCACGAGGUCAUCUUCAAGUUCAAUGGGCACGUUGUUCCAGGUUGCCCCCAUGAAGUGAAAAUGAUUGAUGCCAACAGAGUGACGGCUACAGGAGAGGGUCUGAGCAGCAUCCCCAUCAAACACCCCGCUGACAUCCACAUCGAUGCCAACCGCACGGGAGACGCCCCUCUCUCCUGCAGUAUUAAAGGACCCAGUGGAAACAAUGUGCCAUGUACUCUGUCUGGAAGCAAGGGAUCCUACAAGGCGACAUAUGUCCCUGUAGAAGUUGGUAACCAUGACAUCAGCAUCAUGUAUGGGAACAUGCCGAUCUACGGUAACCCUUUCACCAGCCGUGUGUACGAUGUCGGACAGGUGACGGUAGAGAACAUACCGGUGGGCAGGAUUGGCAGAACUGCCGAAGUCAAAGUAAACACAGCCAAGGCGGGAGCUGGACAGAUCACAGCGGACGUGAUUUGUGAUGACAACAUCGUAGCCAGCACCGUUACCCAGAAGCCUCAGGGAAAAUGGGACGUCGCGUUUGUCCCAAAGAGCUUCCAGGACCACCAGGUCAUGAUGAAGUUUAAUGGUGCUCUCGUGCCCGGCUCCCCCCAUAUUUGUAAGAUCCUGAAUGCCAGUACAGUCACGGCUAGUGGGGAUGGAGUAGACUCAAACAAAGAGCUGAGGUCAGGGGAUCCCGCCAAGUUUGCCAUACAGACCAACGAUGCAGGGGAGGGAGAGAUACUGGCUACUGUGACAGCUCCGAGUGGAAAAGUGUCCUCCUGUACCAUACUGGGAGGUGGAAGGUCAACAACACAUAUGGGAGUGUACACCCCUGAAGAAGUUGGGAGGUACAGAAUUGAUGUCAGCUAUGCAGGCAUGCCCAUCUCUGGCAGCCCCUUUGCCAGCUACGUCUAUGAUAUUAACAAGAUCAAGGUUCAGGAUGUGACUACAGGCAUCAUGGGGCUGCCUGUUAGCAUGGGAGUUGAUGCCACCAAAGCUGGGCGGGGUGAACUGGCAGCAUCUGUCUCUGUGGACGGCUUUAAGAUGGUCCCAGCUUCUCUCUUGCCUGGGAAGGAGCCAAAGAAUUACAUCUUAAACUUCACCCCAGAGGUGUGCAAGACUCAUGAGGUCCACUUCAAGUUUAAUGGGGACAUUCUUCCAGGAUGCCCAUACAAAGUGCAGCUAAACGACGCCAAGCAGGUGACGGCUUUCGGGGAGGGCUUGGACCUGGUGCCAAUCAACAAGCCCACUGCCAUCAACGUGGACACCACCUCUGCGGGAGGGGGGCCUGUCACCUGCAUGGUGAAGAGUCCCAGUGGAAAAGUCGUGCCAUCCAAGAUCUCAGGAACAGAACAAACCUACAGAGCCACAUACACUCCUACUGAGAUUGGAAGCCACAAUAUACAGAUAAACUUUUGGGGCAUGCCCAUAUAUGGCAGCCCCUUCACCAGCAAUGCUUUUGAUGCCAAGCAAGUCACAGUGGAGGAGAUACCUACAGGAAGGAUUGGCACUCAGACUGGAGUUGUUGUUGAUGCCUCCAAGGCUGGUGUAGGCACAGUGACUGCGGAGGUGUUCUGUGACAAGAAGCAGGUCCCAUGCAGUGUGCAGCCCCUGAAAGACGGGAAGUCUGUCAUCGCAUUCAUGCCGCAGAGUUUCAAGGAUCACGAAGUUGACAUUAAGUUCAAUGGAUUGGCUAUACCAGGAUGCCCACAUAGGUGCAAAAUCCUGGGUGCAGACACAGUGAAGGCCUAUGGAGAGGGGAUCACUCCCAGGCCGGGGGUGCCACGGGGCCAGCCCGCCACUUUUACCAUCAACAUGAACGAUGCAGGAAAUGGAGAAAUAGCCGCAACUGUCACAAGCCCAAGUGGAGGUAACGUGCCAUGUCGGGUGAGUGGAAGGAGUGGGACCUACACAGCUGAGUACACUCCUUACGAAGUCGGUGACCAUGACAUUGUGGUGACAUUUGCCGGUCAGCAGAUCAUGGGCAGUCCCUUCAACUGCCACGUGUACGACGCCCGUAAGGUCCGCGUGGGGGACAUUCCUCUGGGGAAAGUUGGACAACCUGUCACUGUGCUCAUUGAUACCACCCAGGCAGGAGUGGGAGACCUCCAGUGCACGGUGAGUGCGAACGGCUCCGUCCCCAGUCACCUGGACUCUCACGGCCCCUCACACAACCUGAUGUUUGCCCCCCGGUCUGCACAGCCCCACGAGCUGGACGUCAAGUUUAACGGACAGACGGUGCCAGGAAGCCCCUUCACCUGCCAUGUGGUGGAUCAGGGCGCGAUCACAGUGUUGGGGGACGGCCUGGGACGGGUGCCUGUCGACAAGCCGGCCAACUUUACCGUGGAUGCCACUAGGGCAGGAGACGCUGAACUCAAGGUCGACGUCUUAGGCCCCAGUCGCAGACGUGUGCCAUGUCAGGUCAGUGGCAGAGGCAAUUACAACGUGGAGUACGUGCCAACAGAAGUUGGCCCUCACACGAUUGACGUGGCCUUUGCCGGGGAUUUCAUCCCAGGGAGCCCCUUUGGUUCCUAUGCUUACGACGCCAACAGAGUCAAAGUGUUGGACAUUCCCAACGGCAGGGUGGGAGAAGAGGUUCCUUUCCAGGUUGACUGUACCCAGGCAGGAGAGGGUGAGCUGGCCAUCCUGGUCACCUCCGGUGGCCGUGCCGUGCCCAGCACCAUCAGCCCCGGUUACGGCAACGGCAUCUACACCGGAUCCUUCGUACCACGCGACAUCAACACUCACGAGAUCAAUGUCAAGUUCAGUGGGCACACUGUAUCAGGGAGUCCGUUCCACUGCCACAUCCUGGAUGCCACCCAGGUGACGGCAUCAGGAGACGGGCUGGACCGUGUUCCCAUCAACCAGCGGACCUGGGUCAACAUCGACACCCGUGCUGCCGGGGACGGGGACGUCAACGUCACCGCUACCUCCCCCAGCAGCCUGUCUGUGCCUGUUGUUGUGAGGAGGGAGGGACAGGGCAUGUGGAGGGCAGAGUACACCCCCACAGAAGUCGGUGAACACACCCUGGACAUCACAUUUGUGGGUAUGCCCAUAUAUGGCUCCCCCUUCACGGCCUAUGCCUAUGACGUCAGUAAGGUUCGUGUGAGGCCAGACCCAGUGGGACCUGGUCAGAUCGGCAAGACUGAGAACUUCACAGUUGAUGCGAGCCAGGCUGGGACAGGCCACAUCGAUGUCAGCGUCUCCUGUGAGCGCCGGAACGUGCCAAUCUCUGUCCAGACGAAGGGUCACGGCAUCUUCGACUGCUCCUUCGUACCACGAGACCUGCCUGACCACCUCAUAGUGGUCAAGUUUAACGGACAGAUCAUUCCCAACUGCCCGAUGGUGUGUGAGAUCCUGGACGCUGGCCGAGUUACCGGGAGCGGGCCUGGGUUGGGAGUCAUCCCGAUUAACCGCCUGACCAGCUUCAGUGUGCGGGAUGCACACAAGGGGGACAUCAGUGUUAACAUCCAGUGUUACUACAAGGAGUGGGAAUAUAUCAGAUAUUGCAGAUAUAGCCUUAUCUGA